UCAGUCUGACAGGAGACGCGCUUCUUCUUCCUUCCUCCCCUCCUCCUCUUCCUCCUCUUCCUCUCUCCCACCUAUCACUCCACCUGGAUUGUACAGAGGCCAGCUGAGGACGCGAGAGAGCGAGCAGAGAAAAGGGGACUCUCACGGACAAACUGGGGAUUCACAUUGAGGAUAGUGCUUCAUCCCAGCCGGCAGGCUGAAGGCACAGCCAGUGGCACUGCAGAGGCACAACAGCAGACUGGGCUAAAGCUUCACUGCCAGAGCAGGUAGAGGAAGAUGCGAUCCCGCAGCAACAGUCUGGAGGAUGCAGCCAAGGCCAAGCUGGAGCAGCAGCGGGCGCACACACGCAGGCGUACUGCAGAGCGGGAAGAGCCUUCAGGGAGGGCUGGGGGUCGGAGCCGGCACCGGGAGCCGCCGGAUGACACGGGCACCAUUCAGAGGAACCACAAAACAGGCAGGAGCAGCGCCAGCUCCAGCGGGAGCGGCAGUGCCAGUGGCGCUGCAAGGAGCAGUCGCAGAGAGAAGGGCAGGGACCUUUCUAGAGAUGACCUCCUCUUUCUUCUGAGCAUGCUGGAGGGAGAGCUGCAGGCCAGGGAUGAGGUAAUCACAGUGCUGAAGGCAGAGAAGAUUGACUUGGCCCUGCUGGAGGCCAAAUAUGGCUUUGUCACACCUCAGAAGGUCCUGCAGGCCCUGCAGAGAGACGCCAUUCAGGGCAAGGCAGAUGUUUUCCAGGAGGAUAUCUACGAGAGGCCCAUGGCAGAGCUGGACAAGUUAGUGGAGAAGCAGAGAGAGACACAUCGGCGGAUGCUGGAGCAGCUGCUGAUGGCGGAGCAGAGUCACAAACAGGCUCUGUACAAGCUGGAGGAUGAGAAGAGGAACCACGGGGAGUUCAUGAAGAAGAGCGACGAGUUCACCAACCUGCUGGAGCAGGAGCGCGAGAGAUUGAAGUUGUUGAUUGAUCAGGAAAAGGCCUACCAAGAACGAAAGGAGGAAGAGAACAACAAAAAGGUCACAGGCCUGAAGGAGGAACUGACAAAACUGAAGUCAUUUGCCUUGAUGGUUGUAGAUGAACAGCAGCGCCUCACUGAACAGCUGAACCAACAAACUGUUAAGGUCCAGGAGCUGAGUGCCAGCGCUUCACAAGUCCAGGAGGAGCUGAGCUCCGCCAAUGCCCGUCUGCAGGAAGAGGAGCAUAAAGUCUUUCGCUUGGAGACUGAGCUGCGUGACCAAGCCGGUCGAUACCACCAGGAACAAGAGGCCAUGACUGCCAAAUUGACCAGUGAAGAUGCCCAGAACAGGCAGCUGCGCCAGAAAAUGUCCACUCUCAGUAGGCAGCUUGAUGAACUAGAGGAGACCAACAAAACUCUACGUAGAGCUGAGGAGGAACUGCAGGAACUGAGAGACAAAAUUAGUCGUGGUGAGUGUGGAAACUCCAGUCUCAUGUCUGAGGUUGAAGAGUUACGGAAAAGGGUGCUUGAAAUGGAGGGAAAGGAUGAAGAGUUGAUCAGGAUGGAGGACCAGUGCAGGGACCUCAACAAGAAACUGGAGAAAGAGGCUAGCCAAAGCCGGAGCCUGAAGGCUGAAGUUGAUAAACUCAACCACAGAAUUAUGGACUUAGAAAAACUAGAGGAUGCUUUUAGCAAGAGCAAACAGGAAUGCAGCUCACUCAAAAGCAACCUUGAGAAGGAGAGGACUGUAUCAAAGGUUUUAUCCAGUGAGCUAGAUGUCUUGAAAGUCAGGGUCAAAGAACUGGAGGCCGCUGAAAGCCAGUUGGCAAAGACAGAGCUGACACUGAAGGAAGAUCUUACCAAGUUAAAGACACUGACAGUCAUGCUGGUGGAUGAAAGGAAGACAAUGGCAGAAAAGCUAAAGCAGAUGGAGAACAAGGUUCAGAACAGCACUGGUAAACUUCAGGCUGAACAGGACAAAGUUACAUCAGUCACAGAGAAGCUAAUUGAAGAGAGCAAGAAAGCACUGAGGUCAAAGGCUGAACUGGAGGAGAAAAUGUGCAGUGCUACCAAGGACAGGGAUGACCUGAAAGCCAAAUUGAGGGCUGAAGAAGAAAAGAGUAAAGACUUGGAGUCUAAGCUCAGUAUGAUGAAGAAACGGCUGCAAUCACUAGAGACCAUUGAAAGAGAAUACCUGAGGAACAAAGCUAAAGAGGAACACAUCAAAACACCCAUUGCCAACCGCUUCCAACAGGAGGACAACAAAGUCAAGGACUUGACACAGGAGGUGGAGCGCCUUCGCCGCAAACUUAAAGACAUGAAAGUUGUGGAAGGCGAUCUCCUGAAGAAUGAGGAGUUAGAGUCACUGGAGAAAAGAUUCUCCAAUGAACAGGAGAGAGCCAGGGCCUUGAUGGAGGAGCUGGAGAUAUCCAGGAAAGAACUCUCAAAGUACCAACUGGCUGAAAAGAAAGAGUGCAGCCAAGAGCAUGUCCUUUAUAAACGUUUGAGGGAAGAGGAGGCAAAGUCAAGUCAUUUGACAAGAGAAGUAGCAGCUCUCAAAGAGAAGAUCCAUGAAUACAUGGGAACAGAAGAGUCAAUUUGCCGCAUGAAAAAUGACCAUUCUACACUGCAAAGAAAACUGACCCAGCAGGAAGUCAGAAACAAAGAACUCGCCAGGGAAAUGGAGACUCUCACUCGUGAGCUUGAGAGGUACAGACGCUUUAGCAAAAGCCUCCGUCCUGGCAUGAAUGGAAGACGCUUUUCAGACCUUCAUGUUUCCACCAAGGAAGUCCAGACAGAGCCACCUGACCUCCUGCCACCCAACUGUCAGACCAUGCCACCACUGGAACGAGCUGUGGUGAACGGAAAACUGUACGAUGAGAGCGAAUCUGAGGAUAACGCAAAUUACAGUAACGAGCUUCAGCUCUCAAAAUGCAGCCCUACGCUCAUCAAUAAUGUUAACAACCUAAACAACAACAUGAGAAGAGCCCGAGUCCCGUUCCUCAAGAACAAAGAGAGCCCCCAUCAGGUGAAUGGUAAAGUGCAACCACGGCAGAAUGGCAACCACGGCGAUGUGGUGUUGACCCACAGUCCUGGGCAGCCUCUGCACAUCAAAGUGACUCCUGACCAUGGACACAACACAGCCAUGCUAGAAAUCACUAGCCCAACCACAGAAAACACCCAGUCAUUCACCAGCACCGCUGUGAUACCCACAAGCGGAGGCCCCCCCAAACAGAGAAUUACCAUCAUCCAGAAUGCAUCCAUAUCCCCCACUGCAAAAUCUGUUUCCCCCACAACAAAGUCUAAAGGUUCCCCAAUGUCUGAUGGACCAUGUUCCCCUGAUCGGGCCUUAUCACCCUUCACUAUGUCCACUUACUCCAGAGCGAUGACCCCCGACUCUUCUGGCUCUGUGACACCCGACAGAGCGAUGUCACCGAUACAAAUUGUGUCGGUGACAACAGGCACCCCGGACCGGUCCCUCUCCACAGAGCCGGUAGAAGUUGUGGGAGGUCACGCCAUCUUCCGCGUGACCCCUGAAAGGCAGAGCAGCUGGCAGGUCCAGAGGUCCAACAGCUCAGGGCCAAAUGUCAUCACCACAGAGGACAACAAAAUUCACAUUCACUUAGGGAGCCCCUUCAUUCAGAGCAUCAGCAGUCCAACACAAACGCUGAGUCCAUGCCACACACCUGGGCUCCAGGAGCAGAGGACUCAAGUGCUGUCCAAUUGCAGUGCCCCUGCUGCCAAAGGCAACAGCAAAAUCACAAGUAGCAUCAUGAUAAAGCCCACCUCCACCCCUAUCCAAAGGCCAUCACAAAUUACAAUACCUAUAGAAGCAUUCCGACGACCGGGACCUACAAGAAUCCCCAAACCUAAAGGCUACAGCUCCCCAAAAGGGACAAACAGCACGGUAGCCAACCUGCGACCGCAGAGCAAGGUGCAGCCGCCACAGGGCGCUCUGCCCGGCGGGAAAGAUGGGACUACCCCAACGCCUGCAGCCAACAACAACCCAAACCUCGUCAACCGCAGACUCUGAUAGAUGUCAAAGGGAUACUUUGAUAGUUUGAGUUCAUUUUAUUUUUUUUGCCACUUUAUGGGACAAAAAUGUAAGAUUAUCUUUAACUGGAGGAAAACUACAUCCAAAUCCAAACUGUCAAAUGUAUCGCUUUACUUUUUGUUGCAUCUUUCGCAAUGGAAGAUAAUUCAGUAGAUUUUGAAUCCUCAUCUACGGUGCUAUGAGGACGGCAAAGUGCAACUCCUUUUGUAUUCAUUUCAUGUUCAAUGUAUAUACACUGUAUUGCUGUAAAAAUUAUCAUACAAACCUUUUAACCUUUUAGUAAAUAGUCGCCAUGCCCAUUUGUCUCCAGCUCGCUGCCACUGAUUUGUGUGAAUGUAGUCACUGUGAUUGGGAAAAAAUUAACAAGCUGUAGUCAUGACAACCACUAGAGUAAUAAAUGUUGUUGAAAGAAUGUUUACUUGUAUUGUGAGUAUCUGUAUUGAUCAUCGAUUACUGUAUCUGCUGCAAGCGCCAGUUAACGAUACAGCCAUUUUAUCCAAUUCUGUGAAUGGAAUACAUGGAUAUUUUUUAAUAAGUUGGCAAUAAUGUACAUACAGGUAUGUUACUGAUGUGUUGUAAUGAAGCUUCUUUAGUGAUAAUCUUUCAAAUGUAACUUUUGUGUUAUUUUUUUGGUUAUCAAUAAAGACUUU